GAAACCCUAAAAACCUUCACCUUCUGUAACAAACCCAAUAGACGUCAAUGAAAUUUUUUUAUUAUUUUUGUCAUUACGUAUAUGUUUUCCAAAAUUAAAUCGCUUAGUUAUCAACUCUCUCUCUUUCUCUCUUUUUCUUUUUCCUCUUUAUAUUUAUCUUUCAUCGUUCAUUCAAUUGAAGAACUGAAAAGAAAUUCAUUAGUUGUCAUCAAAUUUUGGUUUCAACUUUUAACCCUUUUCUCUGGUGGGAUUGAAUUAAAAGCAAUGGCACCAGCUUCUAGACUCUCUCUCUUUUGAUUUUUGUUUAUAAAGGCAAGCAUUUACCACGGGUUCCUUGAGCCUUCAAUCUUUGACUUCUUAAACAUACAUUGCAUAUGCCAUCACCCGCCAUUGCUGCAUCUUCUUCUUCGUCUUGAAAGGGGUCUUUUUGUAGUGUUUGAUUCAUUACUGUUCUUUGUUAUAUCAGAUCUUAGGCACCCAAUAAUAAAUGGGAUUAGAGGGUCUUCAAAGUUUACACCUGCCUGCAGUUCCUCAUUCGCCAUCUUCUUGUAGAAAGCCUUUUUGCACAAGAUCAUAUUCUUUAUCUUCUUUUCGUUGCCUUAACAAUCAUCAGCCUUUGUCCUAUUCUUUAGGCCGUCCAUCAACCCUUUUCGGCUCCUGUGGUAAUCUCAAAACUUCAGGUCUGAAAAGAUCUUGCAGUGCUGAUUCUAAUGCGUAUUUCGAUGAAGAAUUUCUAAGACAGAUUGAAGAUUUGGCGCAAAAGUUUGAUGUCUUUGAUCAUAGAAAGGAUAUGAGCGAUAAUGAUGCAGCUUAUUCUGUAUCAAAGAUUGAGAAUGAUAUCAAGAAUAUCACGAAGAACAGAGAAAAAACUGAUUCUGCCAUGUCCAUGUCUUUUUUACCUUCAAAGCUCGAGUCUCUCGAGCCUAGUUUCCUUGGAAUCGUACCAGAGCCACCAGAAUGGCCGGAAAGAGAAGAAAUAGUGAAGAUGAGCAUUCAACGCAAAGCGAACAGCGUUGAUAUUCCUUUGUCAUUGAGGAUGAUACGAAGAAAGCAAAAAUGUCGAGAAGGUUUUGUAGAUGCAGCAGGGGAUUUCGAAUACUGUUCUGUGAAUAAAGCUUUUUCUUCAAUGGUGUUUAUGAUUAGAGAGAUCCAAAAUCAUGCAUUAUCUAUAAGGGGUGGCCUUUACAGUGAAGAUUUACAGGCAGUUGUUAAUAAGUUUCAAAAGGAAAUGAAUGCUUCCUUUGUUUGGUUGUUUCAACAAGUCUUUUCGCGAACUCCUAAUCUCAUGGUCUAUGUCAUGCUUCUUUUAGCUAAUUUCACAGUGCAUUCCAUGGUUGGUAACCUGACGACAGGCCCAUCUGAAAGAAUAUGUUGCAGAUCAAUUCCUGUCAAUAAGAUGACAACAGAAGAAUUGAAUCGAGAACACUCGACUUCAAUUCAAUAUACUAGCGUUGGUUCUCCUGGAUAUCAAGAAAUGACAGAGGAAGAAGAGGAAAUGGAAUUGUGGAACAUGGUAGUAAAAGAAGCUGCAUUAUUGCAAGAAGAAGAAUCAAGAUAUCCGGUUCUUGAUCAGGAGACAAUGAAACAAUUCGUGUCACCUAUAUCAGUGGAGAUUGAACCUGAUGAUUAUGCGGAGUUUCAUAGAACAGAUAUACUAUAUCAGAUGGGUGUAGCUGAGGAUCCAGACAACACUCUUCUGCUCUCAAAUUAUGCUCAGUUUCUCUACAAAGUUUGCCGUGACUAUGACAGAGCGGAGGAGUGCUUCAAGCGUGCGAUAAUGUCAGGACCACCAGAUGCAGAGACAUUUAGUCGUUAUGCAGAUUUCUUAUGGUUAGUAAGGAAGGAUUUGUGGAAUGCAGAAGAGGUAUACCAGCAAGCCUUGGAAGCUGCACCAGACAAUCAUUACUAUCUGUCAAAGUAUGCCAAGUUUCUCUGGAGCACCGGAGGCGAAGAUACAUGUUUUCCUCUUAGCUUUCCUUCUUACAAGGUUAUGUAAUUUGAACAAGAGAUGCAUUUAUCAUUAUAAAUGCAUGCCUUUAGAAUGUGACUAUGCUUCAAAUACAUAAAUUAUAUGUAUAUGUAUAUGCGUGUGUGCGCAUGUGCACACCCAUCAGGAAAAGUUUCAGCCUGGUUCAGUUUUCAACUUAUAUUUUCUUCAGUAGUAGAUUCUUUAAUCUGUGCCUAAAUGCUCAGAACGAUAUCAUCAAGUAGUUUAUGGAAAGAAACAUCUAUUCUGGAAUCAUA